GCAUAGUAAGUGUUUGGUUACAAGCCUUUUAUGGGCCACAGCUCAGCUGGGAUAUCAGUAUCUGUAUUAUAGCUCCUAUCUAUUCUUAGGUGGCACUUCAGCAGGACUGAGCAGAGCCUUUUUGGUGACCUGUGUAAAAGAGUUACAAAAUGUCUUACAACGUGACUCUCAAUGGACCUGGACCAUGGGGUUUCCGACUGCAAGGGGGAAAGGACUUCAACAUGCCCUUGACCAUAUCCAGAAUCACCCCUGGCAGCAAAGCAGCCCAGUCACACAUGAACCAGGGGGACCUUGUGGUAACCAUUGAUGGAGUCAACACAGAUGGCAUGACCCACUUAGAGGCCCAGAACAAGAUCAAAUCAGCCAGCUACAACCUGAGCCUUACCCUUCAAAAAUCUAAACGCCCAGCUCCAGUUCCAACAGCUACACCUAAAGUUGACUCUCCCAGGCCUGUAAUUCCCCAUCAGAAGGACCCUGCUUUGGAAGUCAGUGGCAACAGAACAAUCUUCAGUCCUCUAACUAGCACAGCGACUGGGCCUUUGGGUAGUAUAUUAGCCACCAAUGGAACGUUUUCAGGCUACCUCAGCAAGCAGGAGAUCAGCUGUUCAAAUAGCUCUUCCUUCUUAAAGACUACUGCAGUUAGAACUUCCAUGGCCUCUCUGUCUGUGACACCUGACAUUUCACCUGCAAAGAGUGACCUAGGUUCAAAACUAAGCCCUGUGUUCACUGAUGGCAGUAGUCCUAAACACGAGUUGAGCCCUGCAAGGCAGUAUAACAACCCCAUUGGCCUUUACUCAGCAGAGACUCUAAAGGAAAUGGUUGAGAUGCAUAAAUUAAGUCUCAAACGAAGGGCUUCAGAAGGUGGACUUCCUAGAGGUGAAUCUCCAUUGGCUAGCCUUCCUGUUAAAGAUCCUCACAUUGACAGUGCCUCUCCAGUGUAUCAGGCUGUGCUUAAAACUCAGAACAAGUCUGAGGAUGAGCUUGAUGACUGGACUCGCCGUUCUGCCAAUCUGCAGUCCAAGUCUUUCCGCAUCCUCGCCCAGAUGACGGGAACGGAGUACAUGCAAGACCCGGAUGAAGAAGCCCUGAGGAGAUCAAGUGGCAAGGAAAAUGUUGCUGCAGCAGCUGAAAACAGCCCUACAGGUUCUCAUCAUGUGGCACAGUAUGUGACCUCAAGUGUUUGGCAUCCUCCUAAGUCACGCACCAUGGAUGCCAACAUUGACAAAGCUAAGCCAGUGGCCUCCAAGGGUUCCGUGAGGUUUGGAACGGGUUCAAGUCAAAGGGAAGCCAGUUACAUCAGGACUGGCCAGAAAGCCCCUCUGACUUCAUCCAAUAAUCAAAGUACCCCUGUUGAGCAUGCGCCAGUGUCUACCAGCUCUGCCUCUGUUCCUGUACCAGUUGCUUCAGCCAAUCCGCCUGCUACUGCUAUUCAAAACACGUCCAAUCAGAUGACACCACCAUCAGCCACUCCUAUCUCUGUAGUACAAGAUUCCUUCUCGUCCUCUUUCCAAAGAGUGCUUGCAGGCCCCAGCUCUCUGUCACAGCCUAAACCUUUCCCUGGGUCCAAGAACAUGUCACUAGCAGCUUCCACUGUUUCGUCUGCUAUCUCUGCUCAGUCUAGCUUCAACCGGCAUUCUUCCACCUCCAUCAGCUACCAGUCAAAAAAGAGAGGUACGGGCCAGUCCUAUACAUCAACACCGGUUUUCCAGGGUACCGCUCCUUCCUCAGGCUACAGUGAAAGUCCAGUUCCUGCUCCAAAACCAAGAGUUGUCACUACUGCUAGCAUAAGGCCCUCUGUCUACCAGCCAGCACCAGCACCAGUGCAUUCUUAUACACCAGGGAAGGCUGAUCCUUCAUGCCGUCCUCCUUGGGUAACAGAUGACUCCUUUUCCCAGAAAUUUGCACCUGGAAAAACCACCACCUCCGUGACCAAACAUACCCUACCACGGGGUGCUCCGGCACCAUCUCCUGCCUCAACUUCAGCCUACUCGUCUCCUUCAAUAUCAGCCUCUUCUCAGACUCCUGCUGUAGCCAGGGGAACAAUUCAAAGGGCUGAGCGUUUCCCAGCCAGCAACCGAACUCCUCUUUGCGGACACUGUAACAGCAUAAUUCGGGGUCCUUUCCUGGUAGCCAUGGGUCGUUCCUGGCACCCAGAGGAGUUCAAUUGUGCUUACUGCAAGACAUCUUUAGCGGAUGUGUGCUUUGUGGAGGAGCAGAACAGUGUGUACUGUGAGCGCUGUUAUGAGCAGUUCUUUGCACCAACCUGUGCCAGAUGCAACACCAAGAUCAUGGGGGAAGUGAUGCAUGCUUUAAGGCAGACUUGGCACACAACUUGCUUUGUCUGUGCUGCCUGUAAGAAACCGUUUGGGAAUAGCCUCUUCCACAUGGAGGAUGGGGAGCCCUACUGUGAGAAAGAUUACAUUGCUUUGUUCAGCACAAAAUGCCAUGGCUGUGAUUUUCCUGUUGAAGCAGGAGAUAAAUUCAUUGAAGCCCUUGGACACACUUGGCAUGAUACCUGCUUUAUUUGUGCUGUGUGCCAUGUGAAUUUGGAAGGUCAGCCAUUUUACUCCAAGAAGGAUAAGCCACUGUGCAAGAAACAUGCUCAUGCCAUCAAUGUCUAAAAGAAGACCUGGAAGUCAAUGGCACUGGGAGAAAAUUGGCAACUAACUGAGAAAUUGCAAAAAGGAUAACCCCAACUGACAUUUCUCAUUGAGGGAAGGGGAGGAAGGCUAGGAAGCUACUGAACCCUUCUGAAGUAUAAUUUUAAUCACUUUUAUAUUUGCAGAACACCUUUUUGCAUGGUCCAUACAGAAAGCUGAAUGAACACUCAACGGCAAAUUGGUCAAUCCGAGUCAAAUAUUACUGCAAAACAAUAUUAGAACAAAAAUUAAAGGGAUUAAAAUUAAUUUUAAAAAAUGUUUUAUGUAAAAAUAAGUAAUAGAAAUACCCAGACCAGCCUUAGAGCUGAGACCAUACACUAGUGUUUAAAAACAAUUGAAAAAUCAUUCUUGAAAUUUGUUACAAGAAAAUAUUAAGUGCCAGAAUAUUAAUUGUAAAAGAAUUUAUAGAAUCUUAGCUUUCAAAUUAAGAUACGUAGAUCAGAAUUUCCUCACCAAAAAGGAAGUUUUAUUCCAUUAUUUAUGUCAUGGUGCUACCUCCAAGCAUCAAUUUUUUUGACUUUUGAAUGAACGAGAGACAUCCCAUAGGUCAGGGGUUCUCAACCUUUUCCUUUCUGAGGCCUCCCUGACCCCAAUAUGCUAUAAAAGCUCCACGGCCCAUCUGGGCCACAACAACAGUUUUUCUGCAUAUAAAAGCCAGGGCCGGCAUUAGGGAGUAGCAAGCAGGGCAGUUGCCUGAGGCCACACGCCACAGGGGGCUCCAUGAAGCUAAGUUGCUCGAGCUUCAGCUUCAGCCCAGAGUGGCGGGGCUUGGAGCAGCGAGGCUUCGGCUUUCUGCCCUGGGCCCCAGUGAGUCUAUUGCCAUCCCUGCUUGGCAGACCCCCGAAACCUGCUCGUGGCCCCCCAAGGGGCCUCACACCCUGGUUGAGAACUGCUGCCAUAGGCUUUCCCAAACAAGAAGUUUGUCUUGAAUCCUAAUAGAACUACCAUGCUAAGAAGGAGACAGUGAGUGACCGAAAGUUUGGGAAUCAGAAUAAAAAUUCGAUGAUGCUAAGUCCUUCCACCCACGCCCAACAGCAUUGAGACAAAAUUUUCAGUUAAACCUUGAUCAGUGCAUGUGGCCUUGUGCACGCACAGUGGAUUAUUUCAUUUUCUAAUCAGAGUGGAAAAAGGGAACUGGCUUUCUCUAAUUUUCUCUUAUAUGGAAUGGGCAAGGGGUGGUUGGAAAGGAUCCAGGUUGUGUUUCUAGUCAAAGCUGAUUCAUCUUUCCAUUUGUCCUGUGAAUGGAAAACAUCUAGUUACUACUUUUUUAACACUGCAGACCCAGCCUCCAUUUAGCACAGCUAGGAAGGGUAGGAGUGGAAAAUAGCCUGGGAAGGUUCUCGACUCAAUCCCAAAUCCUUGGAAAAGGGGCACCCUUUUUUCUUCCUAUUAAUGUUAGUGAAAACUGAUAAAACACUUCAUAGAGCAGCACGAAAUCACAGACACAUGCUCUUAUUACUGUGAUUAUUUUCUGUCAACGCAACACAUCCCAAGUGUGGUUGUGGUUGCUGCUGUGAGAAGAUACAUAGGCUCUUACACAUAAGAUAGGGUUAAUAUAUCACCUGUUCUAAUAUUUUAAAAUCAUCUGACACGUUCUUGCAAGUAUUUUUAAAAGCUUAUAUAUUCUUGUGAAAGGCAGCAACGAUUUAUAGGACUGACAUUAGCUUUGGAUUUUAAAAUUUAAAUAUCAGCGAUAGUUUAUUGCUGUUCAGUAGUGAAAGAUAAUCAUACUUAAGGACAGAAAUUUCCAUCACUCUUCAAGUUUUCAGCUAUUUAUUUUUGAGCGAGCAUUCUGAUUCUAUAGUGAUUGACAGCAUACCGUAUUGACAAUGUUAAGUCAAUAUUUCUCAGACUCCAGCUACCCAAGGAUGUAAUGUAUGGGCCCUAUUUUAAUGCCACCAGCACCCCAGUGUGUCUUGAAUUUUUGCACAGUCUAAAUAUAAAAGUGGAUCAUUUGGUGGCUGUCUUUUCCCUCCUAAAAUUCUAUGCCCAUUUUACGAAACAUGCCAUAUUUUCUUAGAGGAUGAAGAGCAUAUCCAGUUGGUGGUAGGAGGGUCAAAAUAAAAGGAACUUUUAUCUCUAGUAUGCAAGUUUCUAGUAUGCUAACUACCCUCAUAUAUCCUGAAAAAAAAUAGUGCCUAAGUUAAAACUGUCCUCUGGCAGCCCCGAGUUGUAUGACCUGUAUUUAUGCCACAGAGAAUCUUGUUUUCACAGAUCUUAGCAUUUUCACAAGGGUCAGAUUUUUACAUAGAUGAAGUGUAUUCUUAAACAGUUUUGCCAGCAUAUUAGGUGCAAAUAUUUUUUUUCUAUAGUAGGCAAUUCUUUUUCCAUUUAUUGGCUUGAUCUUCAGCUGGUGUAAAUCAGCAUAACACCACUGACUACUCCUGCCAAGGAUCUGGCUCAUUGCAUUCUCCAACAGGAUAAGAUACAAUUAAUUGAAAAAACACACCUCAUUUUAUGUUCAUAUUCGAUUUUUGUUCCCAAGACACUGAUGCAGUGUUCUUGUGUCUACCAGUGUUGCUUUUCAAAAAUUGCAAGCCCUUUCAAGACUUUAGUGCCAUUUGACAAAUGAUAGUGUUUAUCACUCUUUAUUACUUAGCAGUAGAAUUAGUAGCAGGAUCUACGGUACACUAUGGGUAGACAACAUUGCAGCAGCUCUGUCGGGUGGUUUUUGUGUAUUGCCUGCUGGCAGGGAUUAGCGGCUAGGAUGAUGUCUACGCUACAAACACUACAGCAGCGCAGCUGCAGCUACACUGCUGUAAUGCUGUAGUGUAGACAUUUACUUUAGCAAUGGAAGGGGGGUUUCCAUCACUGUAGUAAAUCCACCCUUUUGAGAGGGUCAACAGAAGAAGCUUCCGUUUAUCUAGCUGCAGCUACAGUAAAGGUUAGGUUGACCUAAUGUCACACAGGGCGUAAAAUUUUUCACAGCCCUGAGUGAUAUAGCUAGGUCAACCUAUUUUAGUUAGAGACCAGCCUAAGCAGUAGCAAACAAUACAUUUCCUAUUUUGACCUACAUUGCUUUCUAAUAUGAUCCAAAAAUAAGGAAUCCAGUUACCCACCCUUGAAAUCAAUAUUUAGACACCUUUUUGGACAAACCUCAGCCAGAAGCUGGUGCACGGUAGUGUACUAUUUUGAAUCUCUUUUAUGUAAAAUACUAUGUAAUCAACUUGAGUAAUCAACACUCCUAGGACAAAUAAGAUACAUAUGCAUAACUUUGAAUAGGACCCUUACAUUAUAUAUCACUACUGUAACUGCUGCAGAAAAACAUAAUUUUCAGGUUGAAUAAUGUGUAUUAUUGUUUAUGUCUUGUAACAAUUACCUGGGAUUAAGUCAUAAGACUUCCUAAAGUAAUUUUUCAUUCUAAUUCACAUGAGAAAUUUUGCCUAGAAGACAAAAAUACUGUACCUCUGAAUGGCCAAAUGAUAAAACUCUACAAGAAUUAUGGUUUUUUAUCAAAAGAUUUGCAAAAGAACCCAUCUUAAAUCUAAUUAAAAAUAGUCUUUAAUCUCUAUGCAGCUGAAAGUUCAAAAAAUAAGCUUAAGACUGGUUAUAUUGUUUUUUCUUUUUCUAUUUAAUUGUAGCAUAGAAAGUAAAUUGAACACUUCAAAAGAAAACUUCACUGUAACUGUUGAAAAAUUCUCUCAACUUCUUAAAAUAAUGGUUAGUUUUUUGGUUCAUCAGAUUCACACAGACAGAAAGAAAUUCAACCAAAAUAAGAAAAAUCAUUUAAGUUUGGUCCUUCAGUGGUCAGUGACAUGGGUGAAAUGUUUUAUUUAAGGUUAUUUCUUUUUAUAUUUAAUAAUGUGAAUGUCUACAGCACUAAACACACUUAUUAGUGUCUAAUGCUGGACAGUACAAUGUUUAUUUGCAAUACUUGUCUCCUAGUAGUAGACAUUAAUUUGUUUAGUAUUUAUAAAUGGUUACAUUUGCAACUGAGUGAUUUAAUGCCUGCAGCGAUCAUGCUAGGAGUCUAGCUUUUAUAAUAUACUGAAAUGUUGACUUUACACCACAAGUGCCCUUGGUUUUAGAUUUUUUUAAAGUCUCUAGUUAUUAGUUCAGAAACAGAUUGUAGUGUGGAUUUUGAGGUGUGAGUGAACAUAUCUUGCAUGGAUUAUCUGUGCCAAUAUUCUAGCAAUAAAAGGGAUGUGCAAAUACAUUUAGAGCUUUAUGUUUUGGAUAUAUUUAUUAAUAUGGUUUUUCAGCAGUUGACAGCUUUCAGCCAAGAAAUGCUAGUUAGGAGACAUAAGUAAAUUUAUAUUUUCUAUGUCAGAGCCUUAAGAUUUAAAAAAAUUGAUUGGUUCAGCCUUCCAUUGCUGCAUAGCAAUACUGAACAUGCUGGUAAGUAAAUUGCAGUGUGUAAACAAACAAAUGUGAGUAUAUUCAAAAGAUGUAGUGCCUAGAAGUUGUAACUGGGCAAGACUUGUAAAUUUACAGGCCUUAUUGUGUCAGCAGAUGUUACUUAAAAUAACCUGAUAAGCAAGAGGCAAAUUUUGUCCUCAGUUACAAAGGUCAGAACUGAUUUACAUUGGUGUAAUUGAGGGCAAAGUUUGGCCCCAACUAGGCAGGUUUUUAUUCUUUUGUUUCUAACCAGAAAUGGUUUUUUAGACUAUUCAAAAAAGAUCUAACCCAUCUGAUUUAACUCUACUGCCAUGACAGACUGGCAAAUAAUAAAUAAAUCUUCAGAUAAUAUUGUGGUUUAUUAAAACAGGCUUUUUUUGCACAUUAUUAACCCCCUCCCCUCAAAAUGCACAGUUUUAAAAUGACAUAGCUAUAGCUAAUCAUUAAACUUGAUAAAAACAUAUAUAUAAAACAGUAAAGGGACAGACCGCUUUAAAUGCCAUUAAUGAGUUCCACAUCAGGAAGUGAAGCUCCGUACACUUUCAUUUUAUUUUACAGACAUAACUGUUUACAACUUAUGUGUGGAAAAAAAUUAGAGCUAGUUAAACUGAAAUUAAAAUUUACUGGAAAAUGAGUCUACAGAAUGAGCAGAAGUUACACAAUUUACCUUUAUAUCAGAAUCACUGUCUAAUUAUUUUUAUCUUGACCUUUUCCCGUUUGCAUUAAUUGAUUCUUAAUGGAAGAGAAAUUGUGCUUUGUCUGCACUAAAGAUGCUCUAUAGUUUCAAAUCUGGGGUUUUUCUUUGUAAAUCAUAAAGUCUUUAACUCAACCAGAGACACUGGUGACUAACUAAGAAAGAAAAAGAGGAGCUGUGAAAAAAUUGCCUCCAGCCACCCUUGGAUACACAAUGAAAUGCUUUGUUCUCCUGGCCAAAUCAGAGAGCUAUGGCUGAGACUGAGAUUAGAGAUAGGCUGAAAUUCCCUGCUUUAAGCCUAUAAAGCAUGUCUUUAGACAUCUAUAAAGGUGAAGUCCUCACUUCUCUGAGGAAGAACUGAGAGAAAACAUUAGCUACACUAACAAACUUGUUGCAUUACAGACUAAAUUGUAAAGAAUUCUAACAUUAUUUCCCCCAACUUUUUGUAGUAACAAAUGUCACAUGUACAGCUCAAUCCUUAAGACCGCCUUGCUAUUUUGUUGACAGAGGGACUCCUCAUCUUUCUCUGGCAUGUGUUUAGCCCCGUAAAAGGAGUGUGUGUCCAAUGAGCUGCAAGGAUCUCAGGACACCUGCAUAGGACAGGAUUCUGUGUAUGGAGCUAUAAUACAUGUAACAGCAGGAGCUGUGUUAUCAGCCCAUGUUCCACAAAAUCUUCCUCUGAUGGAUUUUCCAGGUGUACUGCUCUAAUUGGACAUUUGUCUGGACCCAAGUAAAGCAUGCCACAAAGAUUGGCUGCUUCCCAACUCUUCAUUACAUGAACCUCAGGGCCCUGGAGCCUCUGUGAAGUGGUGGGGCCUCCAUGCUGUGAGGGACCAGGGAAGCAUGCAGGAAAGCCAUUGCUAUACCCUCAUUACUCUUUUGGGGUCUUCUCUGGGAUAUUUUGCUUUCCUCUAUACUGUGUUGCAGAGGAAAGAAUUCAGAGUAGCAGCCGUGUUAGUCUGUAUCCGCAAAAAGAAAAGGAGUACUUGUGGCACCUUAGAGCUCACGAAAGCUUAUGCUCAAAUAUGUUUGUUAGUCUCUAAGAUGCCACAAGUCCGCCUUUUCUUUUUUUAGAGGAAAGGAAUGUGGCCCUCAAUCCUUCCUCUAACAGAACGCCUCUUAAUAUCCAUAGUAGUUUUGCCCAAGUAAUGACUUUCAGAUUGGCCUGCAGACUUUUUUAGGUAGUAAUGACAACCAGAAAUAAAAAAUGCCUUCAUAAGAGAAAAGAUUCUUCCAAAUUUCCACAGAUUUUAAUUUUCAGGAAGGAAUUGAUUCAUCUGCAGAAAAAAGAAUAAUUAUUAAUUUGAAAUUAAAUAUCUGACUUAUAAUUCUACCUUAUUUUUCCCCACCAAGAAAAGCAUUUUCCAGUUUAAUCACCGGUACUUAAAAAAGCUACUCACUUUCAAAAUUCAGAUUCUUUUUCAUUAAUGGAAACAAAGUAUGGAAUCAUUUUUUCUUUUACUAAGUGCCAUGCUUUUAUGGAAGCCAUUGGGGAAAAAAACAAUUGAAUUACUUUAGCUAAACUGAUAACUACUUUUUUAAGGAGCUGGGGGUAGAAAGGAGGGGUCAGUUUGAACAAAGGGGAUGGUUCAUCGAAGGAUGUAUGUGGAAUGAAUAUUGCCUGUUAUAAAAAGUCCACACAACUGUGGUUGUGGCAGUGUAUUAAAUAGCUUAUUCUGGAUUUUUAAGACUCAAGAAAGUUGUUGGUUUCUUUUUUUUAAAAAGGGUAGAGUGGGGGGAAAGCACACAAAAUGCAAUAUCUGUUACUUCCAAGGCAGUUGAAAAAAUUACAGUUCAGAAGAGCAAAGAGUUGGUAUAAGGGGAAAAGAUUAUUUAGUGGGCUUCAACAAUAUUAUUGUCUGAACAUAUGUUAAUUGGAAAAUUAAUAUUCUUUAUGAUUAAGAUUUAGUUUAGUUUAAACUAAAAGGGUGUAAUUUGUUUAAAGUAAGUGUGCACAUGCAUAUAUAUGUAAGGUAGGCAUAUGUGUACUACAAGGGAAAUAUUCAGAAUUGAGGCAUGGACUCCUUUAUGGGGGAUGCAGUUUAUGCAUGCAAAAUUUGAGCAUGCAUUUUUGCACUCAGAAUUAAUUACAUGUGGAAAUCUGAGUACACAAACUUUUAACUACCUGAUUUGUACCCGUGGUCAGGUAGGUAGAGAUUUGUGGUUUAUGAUGUAGUGACUUUUUAUACAUUUGUGGCUGCAACAUAAUUGUAGGAGCAAAAGGAGGGGCAUACUUUUAAAGAUUUGGCUCUAUAUGUAAAAUAUUACCUUAGGAAUAAAAAAAGUUUUCUUAUAAUAACAAAAGGCAGGGAUAUUAUUUCAGUCAUUAUUUUCACAAGGCAUUUUUUCUAUUCUCAGGAAGUAUUUUACUGUGUAAACUUCAUCAGUGAGCACAAGGUCCUAUCUGGCAUGCCAUACUCUGGGGAAACUUCCAUUGUAUUCAGUGGAAAAUUUUUAUGAGUGAGGAGUGCAGGUUCAAGUCCCCUGAAAAAGCAGAGAUACCUAGUGGUCUGAGCAUGGAACUGGAAGGCAGAGUCUCCCUUAGUUAUAUAAUCUUGGCUCUGCCCUCACUGUGUGGCCUUAGAUCACUUAAUCUCAUUGUGUGUAUUUUCCUAUCUGUAAAAUGGGGAUAACACUACUUACUUUGCACACUAUUAAUAAAAAGUGUUAGCAAGUGAAUGAUAGAAAAGAACUCUGAAGCGGAAAAGUUGCUAUGCAAGUGCUGAAUAAUAAUAUUUACUCAUAUGAGAGUACCCCAGAAUGAUUUAGCUAAAAAACAAACAAUUUUGCCUCUUGUAUUUCCUAAAAAUGUAGUUAUAUUUGUUACAUUUUAAUACUCAUUAAAAUAUAUCUUAACAGAGAAGACCCUUACACCAGGCUGUCCAACUUGUUCUGAUUAAAAAUGUGAGGAAUCCCUUAAAAGGAAACUGAAAUUAUCUUUAAUAAACAAAUACAAACAAUUAUGUAUGAUCCUAAAUAGUUCAGAAAAUACAUGAGCUUAUAUGAAAAUAUUUUUAAACAAAAUAUUUUAAAAUAGUUUCCUCAUUUAUCUGCCAGCACCUGAGUUCAGGUUUGGCUUGCAACAGCUAAUACCAUCUGAUGUACCCAUUGCAGAAUAACAAAUUAAGGUUCCUGCACUUUAAAUGUGAUAUUAUUAGCUCCUUCAGGAGACACACGCAAGCCUGAACCAAAGUCUUGGCAGGUUAAAACAAACAAACACCCAUGGAUUCCAUUAAGCUCGAUUCAGCUACUCUGACCAGUACUGUUCAGUGUAAGGGCAGAAAAUUCACACUAUUACUGAUUUUGGAAUUUAAACAGAUAUUCUAUCUCUUAGUUUGAUAAAAAACAUUUCAGUUUAUUUUCAGUAGUGUCAAUAUUGUCUAAUAAUAUAACACAUAAGGGGCAAAGAGUAUGUACAGUGAUUCUCCAUUGCCUUGCAUGUAUAAUAUGCCUAGUGAAGUGCCAGUGUUCCAAAGAAACACAGCCACUUAGGCCAGUUCUAUACUGUGAACUAUGCUAAGUUCCAGGAACUUAAAACUGAACACCUGCCAUCAGAGAAGGCAUCCUGGGGAAACAGUCAAAUAAAAAUAUAAAUACGAGAGACUUAAAAUGCAAAAGAAAAUCGCUUUUUGAGAUGAUAGUUAGCCAUCUAUUUUGGCCUUUCCUUUUUCAUCACAGGAUAACACACUGUAAAUGAAUUAAUGGUGAAAGGUUCAGUAAAAGCCUUUAGUAAGGAAAUAGGAGCAGUGUAUCAGGAUAUCCCUUUUCCGCACCAGAGUACCCAAUACUUUCAAUUUUAUACACAACGGAAGUAAUUAAUUGUAACAGAAAGAAGCACAGCUGUGUUUCCUGAUGGCCAUACAUGCAACAGCCACUAUUGUUUAAGGUUCUGAGAAUGUGUGUUGAAAAUUGCUCAACUGCCUUGAGAUUUUUGUUGUUCUCUGAAUUUAAUUUCUAGUAUAAGCUUUUGAAUUUGUUAUGGAAUGGUUAAUACUAUUGUUAACAUUGUUAAUACUAUUCUCUUAAGGCCAAAUCCUUCAUCCUUUAAUCAGGCAAAACUUCUUUAAACUUCAGUGGAAGUUUUACCUCAGUAAGAAUUAAAAGCCAAAUCCUGAGAGGUGCUGAGAACCUGUCAACUCUCGUGGAAGGCAAUGGAAAUUGCAAAUACUCACCAUCAGUCAGGAUUUACUCCCAAAUAAGGAUUGCAGGAUUUGGCUCUUAGUCGUGUGUCUUUUGAACUUGUUCAGAUUUCAUUUCCAUGUGUGUGCAGGUGAAUGUGUUGGAUUGAAAGCCUGAGAGAAUAAAGGUUAUAUUUUUUUGCCUUCAAUAAUUUUUUAUUAUGCAUUUCAAACACACAACAUGACUACUGUAUUUCUCCUAAAAAUUACUUGGCAGAACCGAAAGCAUCGUCACUUUUCUUUUUUUUAAUGCAGUUGAGCUGUACCAUUUUGUUUGUACUAUUUUUGGUAAUAUUAUAGAGUGCAUGUUGUAGAAUGAAUGACUGCAGAUGAUUUCCCAGCACUAGAGAGGGCAAUUUGUGAAGAAUUAUAAAUCUCUUGGAAAAUGCGAAGGAUUUGCAUGCACUAUGUACUGUACUUCUACAUGUAUGAACAAAGAGAUGGUCAGAUCACUUAGGUGCAUAUAUAACUGUAGUAAUACAUUUGUGGUUAACGAUAUGUUUACAAUGAUAAAGAUCAAAUAACAUUUAAGGGCUUGAGUCAUUAAAAAUUCUGUGCUGCA